CCCCAGUGCACCACCCGUCCCAGGCGCCCCCAUGCGGCCACCAGGUCCCUUGUUACCCACUUGGGUAUCCCGGUGGCAUGUUCUUCGCUGCUGCACCUUACGCCCAGCUGCCCCUGCAACCAGACUAUUCCCUCCUCCUCGAAAGGAUCAAAGACCUCCACGACGACCUCCAAGCCGCGCGUAUCGCUUCCGAUGAGCGCCUGCUCAACCUGGAGGGCCUCAUGAAGGAAGCACAAAAUGCCACCGCAGAUACUUAUACAAAAAUACAGAGUCUGCAAGACGCAGUUACAGAAACAAAGGAUGCUGUGAAAGAUGCAAGGGAUGCUAGCGAGAGGAGCACCGAGGCUAUCCGCGAACAGCUUGUGGGUGUCCAGGAAAAGCUUGAUCACGUUGUGACUAUCCAGGAAACCCCAAAUGAGAUCGCACCCGCUGCCUCAGCCCCGCGCCGCGAGUCUGCCACCACGAAUCCUGAUCCUCUGUGGGCGUCUGUUAUGAACAUCGAGGAACUUGAGAGGAAAACUUCUGGCAAUAGGCGCUCAACUGAAGAACCCUUUCAGCAUGACCACUCUCGCAGAAACUCGGACAUGACAACAUGGGAUGCGUCAUGCAUGCAUUCGACUUUCAUGUCCGUCGACGCGUCUGGUCAAAGGCAACCUUCAAAGAGCCUUACUCCAGUCAAUUGGUCACACAACCGUAACGAGCCACAGGACUAUGCCUCUCAGGAUUCUUCUCGAGAGAACACCCCUUCUUACCCCCCAGGAUCCGACUUGGACCUUGCCCCGUAUAAGAUUGUCACUGAGCGCUCUGCCUCCCCCGAUGAUACCAUGCGCGCUCUACGACGCAGCGUCCUGGGAGACUCCGUAGCAGGCGCCGUGGUCCUCGACCCUUGGAACCAGCGAGAAUCUGCGUCAGUGUUGCCACCUCCGCUUGCACAUGUGCCAUCUACUCCGCCCUUGCCUUCGCCGCCGCCUACAACGUCACCGGAUCCACGUCGUGUUUCAGCAUCGUCAGUACCGCCUAGAUAUUCAGAAACGCCUUCGCUCCCAGAUCAACAUAUUGAUUCAGACUUGCCGCAUGAACCUGAGAACGUUGUGGAGGAACGACAUUCUGAGCCGGUUGCAGAUGCAUCGGAUCCAGUGCUCGCCCUGGAAUUGCAAGAACGUGAAGCUGGCCCGAAGACACAAGGCUCUGAGCCAGUCAUGGAUACGUCAGAUCCUACAACCACUCCGGAGCCUCAAGAAAGCGAGCCUGCUGAGAAAGUACAAGAAUUCGAAUAUACUAUGGAGGCACAGGAUUUGGAACCUGUUGCGGAAGCAAAGGAAUUUGAAUCGGCCGUGAUGGAGCCACUAGCCAUUGAGCUUGUAGUGGAAGCACCGGCCGUCAAACCUAUCGUGGAAGCACAAGGAGCUGAAUGUCGCUUGGAGACACAAGAAAUGUCCGACCAUGUUACAGAAACUGAACGACCUGAUAUUGCAGAGAGCCCCGCACCGGAAGAUGUUGUGGAGAGUCCACAGCCAGAACUCGGGGCACAAGGACAAACACCUGAGCAUAAUGUGAAGACGCCAUCACCCCAAGCUCCUGAAACCACGCAGGAAAAGAAAACUGAACCCGUUGUGAACCCGCCUUCGUCCGACGCCGAGGUACAGAGUUCUGACGAUGCCAUGGAUAAUGCAAUGCUCGAUAGCCCUCCAGAGUCGACCUCGACGGACAGGGACCAGGAAGAAGCCGACGUCAUUCUUGCGCUGAUGGGAGGCGCGUCCGCCCACAGCUCCCCGAUAGCGCCUCCCCAAACGCCCCGCCUCGCGAUAGAUACUUUGCCACUGUCGUCUCCACUCACCGCCCUCUCAUCAUCAGAUGAAGACGAAGACGAGUCCAUGGCCACCGAGAAGCCCUCGCCGCCGACUUCAGACGAGGAAGAUGUGGUGAUAGUGACCCCCAAGUUCAAAAGAAAAUCCCGGAGAAAGAAGUUGGGUGUGCGCGCCGGGGACCACGAGGAGGAGGAUGACGAUGACGACUAUAACGAUAUCAGCGAACGUGCCCUACCUCGCCGCCCCACCUCUGUCAUCCCCCCACCGCGGCCCAGCACUUCUCUCAGGCCUAGGAAGCGCCCAGCAGAAGUAGUUGACUCCUCUGAGCCUCCUGAAGCUCAAGAGGCUUCGCCGAUACCUGACCCGACGCUGGAUGAGAUUUUAGAAAUGCCUGAGAAGGACCGGUCGCUCCAGCACUUAUUUCGCCUCACGAUGGCCGGGAAGGGCGAGGGGCAGGGUGCGAAGCGCAAGGCAGAGGUGCUCCCCACUUCCAUGUCCGCUUCAACUGCAAACACAAUCAAGCUCGGUGGCGGGCGCAGACAGGAGGAGAGCGCGAGCGCACCCCGGUUGAAGAGGAAGCGUGGGCCAGUAAAAGGGCAUGCGCACACGCAUAUGCAGGAGGAGAGCGCGAGCGCGCCACCGCUGAAGAAGAAACGCGCGCCCGGGACGGGGCAAGGGCAUGCGCACACGCAUAUGCCGGUGUUGGAGGAAAGCGCGAGCGCGCCGCCACCGACGCAAAAGCGUAAGCGUGGACGGCCGAAGAAACCGGAAACCAUCGCACGAGAGAAGCAGGCAGAACUGGAGAGGCUGAGGGUGCAGCAGCAGCAAGGCGAGCAAACGGAGGGCGAGGAGCACGCAACGUUGCCCGGCCAGCUACAGCGAUCGCUGACGGGGCUUGGGAGGCAUAAUAAAGAGAAGGCAGCCAAAACGAAGAAGGGAGCGAGCGCGGCGAUGCGGGUGAAGGCCGAGCCUGAGACGAAUACCGUUAUUCCGCCACCAAGGCCGAGAGGAAGACCGCGCAAGAGCGAGGGCUCAAAUAACGCUGGCCCAAGCACCGUGAGUACAGAGAGGAUGAAGAGCGAGGGUACGGUGGACGGGUACGAGUGGCCCCCGAUAGAGGAUUAUGGAGAAUUGGAUGGGUUUUCCCGCCAGCUGAUCCAGUGUGACAACUGCGAUGUAUGGUAUCACUUCGUCUGCGUGGGCAUCUCGGCGGGCGACCCGAGGUUGGCGGAGGGUGUGUUGUUCAUUUGUCCUCCGUGCACACUGGAACCGGCCAGACGUAUUUCAUUGCGCAAUCGUACGGAGUCGUGCGGGCGGCCCAAAUGCCAGCUGUCUCCAGCCGCCCAAGAGUUCUUCAUGGAACGCAUCAUUGGGCGCAGGCGCUGCGGGCAGGCAGGAUUCAAGUGGCUUGUCAAGUGGGAUGGAUUUCCCAUCACCAUGGCGUCAUGGAUCACUGAGGGUCAAAUGACUGAUAAUUCGGUGUAUCUCUUUAGGGAUUUUUGUUUGGCCGCCAGAGACGAAAACAUUGACCUUGAGGAGCCGCAGGAGGUUGUGCUUCUCAAAGAGGCGACGAAAGGUGAAUGGGCGUGGGAGGGAGAUAGGUGUCUCAUUCCAGUUGAUUCGGAUUGAGCUGCGUAACUACGAAAAUUUGGCAUGAGGUUGGAAAGGUGGGAGGUCUUGUGUUUCUGCAAUAGUCGAUGUCAUGCGAUGGGGUGCCAUUUUCUUGGUUUAAUUUUUCUCCUUUUCCCCCCAUAAUAUUUACUUUGUCUCACUGCUAUCACUGUUAUCAUCAAUUUGCCUCGCUUAUCAUUCAAUUUUCACUUGUACAUUAGACACUACUAAUUCGUUGUUAAUAAAAGACACAACUUCUUCC